UUGGCGCCACACCGCCAAACUUUUCACGAAAUCAAAACCUUCUUCCCGCCAAAAAUUUCCCUUCCCCCAAAAUCCCCAAAAGUCAAAUAAAGAUUAUAAACCCUCAUUCUUUGACCUCCGCCAUUUCCCCUAUCUCACAUCUCCGUCUCCUCCUCCUCCUCCUCCGUCACCGGAAGCUUCACCGAUGGAGACCUCAAAUCCCCGGUCGUUCUUCCAAGGCAUCAGAUCCAGAGAGCUACACGGAUCCCGAGUUCCGAAGCGGUCCUACAUCGAUUGCCUGGCUUCGGAUUUCUCCGAAAUCGGGGCCAUUGCCGCCGAGCACAACGGACCUCCUAUGGCAAUUUCGUUCGGCAAGACCAGUAGAAACUCUCACAUCGUCGCCAUGUCUGAUGAGGAUGGGUACUUGAGCUUGUUUGACACGCGUCGCAAGUUCUCGGCAUCUGCAUCUCACCGGGAAAAUGCAGAUAGAACCAAGGUUUACGAUUGGGUUGCACAUCAAAAUGCCGUGUUUGACAUCUGUUGGAUAAAGGAUGAUACUCAGAUUGUGACAGCUUCUGGUGAUCAAACUGUUAAGGUAUGGGAUAUUCAGGAAAAGAAAUGUACUGCAGUUCUGGUGGGGCACACUGGAAGUGUGAAGUCUUUGAGUCCUCAUCCGACUAAUCCCGAGAUUAUCGUCUCCGGUUCAAGAGAUGGCUCCUUUGCUCUCUGGGAUAUGAGAUGUAAUUCAACAUCCAAAAAUACGCUUGCGGAGCUCUGCAUAUGCCCAACUGCUGUGGUUAAUGGGGCUCAUCUAACCCCACGAGCAAAGCGUUCACGGCGUGGAAAGGCUGCUCCAAGGAGCAUCACAUCAGUUCUUAAUCUUAAAGAUGAGGUUUCCAUUGCUACUGCUGGAGCUGUGGACAGUGUUGUCAAGUUCUGGGACACUAGAAGUUUGAAAAGUAUAGUCACACAGACAUGUCCUCAUAUGGAGUCAAAUGAGAAGGAAAGAAGAUUUCAUGGCAUAACUAGCUUAUCCCAAGAUUUAAAUGGAGUGUUUGUUUCAGCCUCUUGUAUGGACAACAGCAUUUAUUUGUAUAAUGUGCUUCAGCUAGAAAAGGGUCCUAUGCAAUCCUUCUCUGGAGGCCGGAUUGAAUCUUUUUUUGUAAAGUCGGCUAUUAGCCCUGAUGCUGCUCACAUACUCAGUGGUUCUAGUGAUGGAAACGCCUACAUUUGGCAGGUAAACAAGCCUCAAGAAGAUCUGGUAAUAUUGAAAAGCCAUGAAGGAGAAGUUACAGCAGUUGAUUGGUCCCAUUUUGAGGUUGGGAAGAUAGCAACUUCUUCAGAUGAUUUUACGGUUCGCAUCUGGAACUCUGAGAAUCGUUACUGCCCAAGCACACCAUCACCAUCUGCAAUUCGAAGAAGAAUAAUGGCAAUCCCAGGUGCAGAAUGUAGAAGGCUUCUGAUGAAUGAAUCAAUGCAUAUCUCAAAGGAUUCCAGAAAUUCCUGUCCCUUGGAUGAAGGACUAGAUGAAAGUAACUCACUUCAUCCAAUUAAAAUGCCUAAAAUCUGUACUCCUGAAUCACAGAAGAAGCAAUCCAAGUUAGAUUCUGACAUGAGUGAAAUGUUUGAAAAGACCCCUGAAGCUACAUUGAAGAGCCCCUCUUCUGUUCUGAACCCUCCCUCCUCUCUAAAAAGGAAAACUAUCCGUGAUUACUUUGCAGCACCUACUCUGAACUUGUAGGUUUUCAUUUUCUUUUUGCUGGCAUAGUUUUGGAGUUCACUGUACAAAAUGCCGAUAUCCCUGAUGGGUAUAAUGCUUCAGAAGCCGGGUGCCUCAACCCUUUUUCAGAUUAUUAACGGGUUGAAGUUGGAGUGUUAAGCCGGCACACAAGGCUUGUAUCAUGAAUUAUCACACAUCAACUUUCUGCUCCAAAAGGAACAGAUUGCAUUGUAUUGAUGACUGAAGCUGAAUAUGUAAUUAUUUGACAUGCUAAAUUAUUCACAAUGAAGAUGUGAAAAUAUCACUGGAAUUAUG